GUUAGAGGAAAGAGGUAGGAAGCCUGAAGUGGCUCCCUUCCCUUUCUUUCAAUCCUCCAUCAAUGAGGAAACUCUGUCCGAAUUUCGAUCGGGAAGAUGGCCUGGAGACCGUCCUUGAGGUUCCUAUACCUGAGGAGAUGUUCCUUAACAUGAGUGGCGGCAAUGGCUCCCUUCGUUGGCAGAACAUGCGCACAUGGAUCAAGUCCCAGUCUGCUGACAAGAGUUCUUCGUCACCCGCCCUCGCCGGCCGCAAUGCCGAGCUCCAGCUCCUUCUCAAUGUCGUUGGAUCGCCGCUCAUCGCUUUGCCUGUCCAGACGGACCAGGCAAUCAACAAAACCGUCCGUGAUUGUUCCAUUGAGGCGUCGACAGCGAAAUAUAUCGUUCAACAGUACAUUGCGGCAACGGGAGGGCAAGCGGCGUUGAAUUCAGUGAAUAGCAUGUAUGCAAUCGGGAAGGUGAAGAUGGGAGCAUCAGAAUUCCACAUGGGCGAAGAGAGUGUACGCCUGAAAGGCAGUGGAGAGAUUGGAGGAUUUGUGCUAUGGCAGAAGAAUCCUGAUCUUUGGUACCUAGAGCUGAUCGUAUCGGGAUGCAAGGUGAGCGCAGGGAGCGACGGGAAGGUAGCGUGGAGGCAAUUCUCCUCGCAACAAUCGCAUGCUUCCAGGGGCCCACCAAGGCCACUACGUCGAUCAUUACAGGGCCUGGACCCAAGGUCCACAGCUAAUCUCUUCUCCGACGCUGUCUGCAUUGGUGAGAAGAUCAUCAAUGGUGAUGAAUGCUUCAUACUCAAGCUCGACGCGGGCCCCACGAUGCUCAAGGCGCGUAGCAGCAAUAGCUUUGAGAUCAUCCAUCACACAAUAUGGGGCUACUUCAGCCAAAGAACUGGGCUCCUGGUCCAGUUUGAGGACUCACAUCUAUUGAGGAUGAAAGGCAAGGGAGAUGACAGUGUGUUUUGGGAAACUAGUAUGGAAUCAGUCAUUGAGGAUUACAAGUACAUUGAUGGCAUCAACAUCGCCCAUCGUGGCCGCACCGUCGUCACACUCUAUCGAUAUGGUGAGGGGUCUGCAAACCAUAAGAGGAAGAUGGAGGAGACAUGGGAGAUUGAGGAGGUUGAUUUUAACAUUUGGGGCUUGACUAUGGAUUGCUUCCUACCGCCUUCGGAUCUUAAGAAAGAACAAGAAAGUGGGGAUCAGGCACUUGGGUGAUCCAUAUCUUUAUUUGCUUCACCUGCUUCUGCUGCUGCAUUUUGUUCUUCCCAUCUUGUGUUAUGAAAAAACGAGGUCUGAGAAACAAGUCGAACGUGUGUGUAUAUACAUGAACUGAACAUCCUUGUGACGUGAAGAGAGGAAGAUUUUUG